CCACGCCACGCCUCGCCGCUCGCCUCGCUACCCAAGCCUCCGCAGCGCUGCCACAGCGGAGAAGCCCGGGCCCGGGGCUAGUAGUCCGCAGCGUCGAGUGUUGUGCCCCUAGCCAGUCCCAAAAGCUGGAAUCUCUAGCGGACCCGAGCCGUCCGGACCGACCGUACCGUCGCGGCGUCCCGUGGACGCGUUAGCGCGAGUGUGUGUGAUAGCGUGUGGUGCACCGAAGAUGUGACGACGCCCCGGGACUGCGACGACUCUCUCGGUCGUCUAGUGUGGUGUUUGUUCCCGCGUGGACGAGUGUGUGUGUGUGUGCGUGUGCCCUGCGUGUGCGCGGCGUGCCCCAUCAGCCCGCGUCAAGCCGCGGCGUGUUCAGUUCGUUGGUGCCAGCUCAGGACGGGCAGAUCCAGCCGUAGCGGCAAGCGGCCAGUUUUUCCUUUGUGCCUGUGGGCUGCUGCCUCGCGUUAGGCGGCGGUGGCGACGGAGGCCCAGCGCGCGCGCGCGCGCCUUCCCGGGCGGCAACGUAGCGUGUAGCUCUCUGGCCAGGAGCAGCUUGGAGUCGCGUUGGAGUUGUUGAACAGUUCGCCGAGCCAUGUCUGAUCACCGGGGUGCCUGGGGCGCCCACGGUCCCGGCCCGGGCCGCGACGACGCGGUGUGGUGGUCCGACCAGCAACAGCAGCAGCAGGCCGCGGGGCUGGCUAGUCUGCAGCACCAGCUGGCCCAGCAGCACCAGCAGCAGCUGGCCCAGCAGCUGCAGCAACAGCAGCAGCAACAACAGGAGCUGGCUGCGCAUCUGCAGCACCAGCAACAGCAGCAACUGUUUAACUACAAGAUGGCUAGUUCGUUUCCCAACGCGGCGGCAGUGUCGUCCUCUUCGUAUGACCUAAGCACAGUGAACAGUAUACAUACUUCGAUAGCGGGCCAAUUGUCCCAACAGUCCCAACAAAUUCAACAAGCCCAGCAGCAAGUGCAGCAGGGCCAAGUUGUACAACAGCAGCAGCAGAACAAUCAGUGGUGGUACCCUGGUGGUAUGCAGAACCCUCAGGCGCCUCAGGGUGUCAAUAUGAACAUGAAUGCUCAGCAAAUUAUGAAUCGAGGAAAGAUGCCACGUAAAGACGCUAAACCGAGGGGCCGCAUGACGGCGUAUGCCUUCUUCGUGCAGACCUGCAGGGAGGAGCACAAGAAGCAGCACCCAGAUGAAAAUGUGGUGUUUGCCGAGUUCUCAAAGAAGUGUGCAGAGAGGUGGAAGACCAUGCUUGACAAGGAAAAGAAACGCUUCCACGAGAUGGCCGAGAAGGACAAGAAGCGGUACGACACUGAGAUGCAGGACUACGUUCCUCCUGUUGGAGAGAAGCGUGGUAAGAAGAGGAAACAAAUUAAGGACCCCAACGCGCCCAAGCGUUCAUUAUCUGCUUUCUUCUGGUUCUGCAAUGACGAGAGAGGAAAGGUUAAGGCAGCUAACCCUGAGAUGACUGUAGGAGAGAUCGCUAAGGAACUGGGAAGAAGGUGGUCUGAUAUCACCCCUGAGCUCAAGAAUAAGUAUGAGCAAAUGGCAGAAAAGGACAAGGCCCGAUAUGAGAGGGACAUGACCGCCUACAAGAAGAAACCCAAGGGUGGCAUGCCCAUGCCCAACCUUGGUCAGCCUAAAGCUGAAAGUGAUGAUGAUGAAGAUGAUGACGAUGACGGUGAUGAUGAUGACGAAUAGACGAAUUCCAAUUUAAAGUUGGUUUUCACUGAAGUCCCUGGUUAACACUGUUAAAGACAUUUUGUAUCUGUUUUUAAACUCUGAGGAGCUGUUUGAGCUUCAUUUUUAAGUAGGAGCAGGAGUUGUCAGGGAUAAGUGCAUUAUCACCUUUGUUCAUCCUAUCUUCUAAAGUUCUCCUCGGCUCUCCCACUAUUUUCUGUGUAAAUAGGAACAAGUGGAAGGGAUGUGCGUUAUUUGCACUUGCAGAUAUUGGAAGAGCAGUGCAAACUAAGCCCUUUCUUCAUGUUCAGUUUUUAUUUUGUCAUAAUCUUAAUUACUAUGCUAAGGUCGAAACUGUGUGUUGUGUGAAUGAAUGUGUGAAAUCCAUCUUUGUGUGUGUGAAUGUGAUUUUUAUUUGAAUUUUGUACAUCUGAGAGCAAGCCACAAAUUAACUUUUUUACUGGUUGAACUGAUGACUACGGAAUUUGAGUUGAGUGUGUGUUAAAAAGUUGUGGCUCACUUUAUGGAUUCCUGCCUCGGUUCACUCAACAGACAAUUGCAAUAAAUUAUUACUGAGAUUUCUGUCUGUUUUGUGUAUAUUUUCUCAAUAUUGUACCUGCUAAGUAAAAGCUUUACUUUUUGUUUAUACCCAUCAUCUUAAUAGAAUAAAGUCCCCAUCAGAAAAUGUAAUAAAAUGUAGAACAUGUUAACCACAUUGUAAAUAUACCAACUGUUGUUAUGGCUGUGAUGCCUUUUCUUUGCAGCUGAUGGUGUAUGUUACUUGUAAGGUUGUCCAAAUAUUUGUAUUUAUUAAAUCAUUGUUUUUACUGGAGGGACUUGUGUUACUGUCAUUUUAAUUUAAACAUUCCUAGUUUCUGGUAAAAAAUUUGUAAUCUGAUUGGACAUACGAUUAAAGAUGGGUUUGAGUAAAGCUGUUAAAUAUUUUUCCAAGUAGGCAAGCACCAAUACCCGGUUAUUGUUUUCACUUAAGACAAUUGAUCAUGACAACUUUUUCAUGUAUUGUUAGGAAACUUCUGAAUGAUGGCGGAAGAGUUCGUACUUAUUAGGAAUAAAUAAUAAAAUUUCAUUAGUUUUUCAA